AUGAGGCCGCCUACUACCUCGGCGACUUCCUCGUCUGCACCUAAGGGGAAGAAGCGGGCCAGCGACCGGACCACCGCCACGCUGGAGGCGAAGGCCAAGAAGCAGCGCCGGAUGGGGCCCAAAAAGGUUCCGGAAGCGGCCGGGGCCGCUAUAAAUUUUUCCAAGGGCAGCGGCUCUCGCCCGACUCCCAGCGUCAUAUCGCCGAUCCAGCGGCAGAGGAGGGAGCCGACUCCACAGCCUACGCCGCGUGCGCGCACGCCACCCGUCAUCGUGCCGCCUGUGAUCACGCCGCCUGCCGCGGGGGCAGGUUCUUCAGCUGCACCUUCUUCGGAUGCGCCCGGCUCCGGCUCUCAGAGUGAGCCGGCUCGCCGCGUCGGCCAGCCGACCCUCGAUGAUCUCUUCCCGUGCCGCACCCGGCUUAUAGAGCCUGCGGCCGGAGCUGGCAAAGGUGCGCCCGGCGGGGCAGGAGCCGGCGGGGCCGUGCCUUCUGCGGCCGGAGUUGGCGGGGCCGCACCUGACGUUUUUGUCCUGGACGCAAGUUCGGACGAAGCGCCGCCUUCACCGGGGUCUGCUGUCCCCACCGGGCCAACAGCUUCGACGGCGCCGCCUCCAUCUUCGGAGCCGGCGCGCUCAGCUGACGCCGAUGCCCGGGCGCUGGUGACGAUGAAGGGCCCAGCGGAGCCGCCUCAAGUUCUUCAUGUCUCCAAGGUCGCCUCGCUACUGAAUGUGGUUUCCGCCUCCGACUCCAGCCUUGGCUCAGCCGGCACCAUGGAGAAGAACUGGCACCAGGCGGACACCUGCGAGGUGAAAAGCCGGGAUGGACGCCUAGGCGUGGCGCCUGUGGAGAUGUUCUUCUCCGGCUUCCGCGCCUACACCAAGGCCAAAGCCACCGAGACCGAGGUCCGCCUGGCGCGGCUGGAGGCGGCCGACAAGCCCUCCGAGGCAUGGGACGGCUACUUGGAGCCGACGGUUAAGGAGAGGCGGACCACCCUGUACAACCGGCUUGUGGCUAGCUACCACAAAGCCAAGGUCGAGCGAGCCGACAUGGCCCGCGAGCUGGAGGCCGCCAAGGCUGUUGCCGCCCGGGUCCCGCAGCUAGAGGAAGAUCUUCGGGCCGCCCGCGCCCAAUGUGCUGAAAGCGAGCAGGCGGUCCGGACUGCGGCUGCCAAGGCGAAGGAGACCGAGUGGGAGCUGGCGCGGCUUCGGACCACCUCACUGAGCUUGCCUCCAUCAAACGGGUUGAGCAGGUGA